UCUCUCUCUCUCUCUCUCUCUCACAAGACCCCUUUUGCCAACUGUUUAAAACAGACCCUUCCCAUCCCACCCCACUUCUUAUUACUUCUCUCACUGUUCUCUCCUUAUAAAGAAAAGAAAAUCAGAUUAUAUAGAGAUUUCUCUACUUCUAUCUCUCUCUCUCUAUACAUUGACAUGAUGUUCUCUUCCUGUUCCAACCAGUAAAAGCGCUGCCGUUUUUCCUUCUCACAUAGGUUUUUCUUCCUAAUUCUAUCUAAUCAUUCUCAUCGAACACAAACUCCCCUCUCUUUUCAGUUUUCACCACCUUUUUCUCAAUUGGGUCUUCUUCUAUAACUAAAAUCUCUCUCUCUCUCUCUCUCUCUCUCUCUCUCUCUCUCUCUCUCUCUCUCUCUCUCUCUCUCUCCUUUUUAUACAUAAAUGGCAGAUGAACAGAAAGCUAUUGAUAUUAGCACAGGUCAAGAGACAGCAAGGGUCUUCCCAUGCCUCUUCUGUUCAAGGAAAUUCUACAGCUCUCAGGCCUUGGGAGGACACCAAAACGCCCAUAAAAAAGAAAGAAGCGCAGCAAGGAAAGCACAAAGAGCAGCAUCUGACUACAGGCUCUGUGCUUUGGCAUCUCCACCUCCACCCAUCCUCUUCGCUCCUCCUUUCUACAUAACGUCGCACGCUGCCAGUCACGGCCAUUUCGUUCCCCACCAACGCUUCGGACCGAGCGGUGCGCCGAGGUUCGAGCCCGGGUUCUACACCAGCACUCCCUGCUUUGGAGAUGAAGAAGAACAGAGCCUCUUCAACUGGCAAAGGAGCUUCGGGAGUCACUACGGAGAUGAAGGCUCGUCGGUGGCGGCAGAUACGGAAGCUUUGGUGAAUAAUAAUCUGAGGUUAGAGUCUGAAGAGAAAGAAAAAGAGACGUUGGAUCUCUCCCUUCAUUUGUAGGAAAUUGGAAUUUGAGUAGUUUCAGAUAUUGAGAAAUAAAAUUCCACUUUUUUCUUUUUUCUUUUAAUUUUUAGUGAAAUGUAGUUGUAAUUCAUGUUUUAUUUAACGCUAAGGAGAUGUUUUUUUUCUUU